AUGGACCGUGGGAAUGGCGCGGCGAUGGUCCAUCUUGCUCAACCCUCCUCCACCAACCACGACUACACACACCACAUAUCAAACAAACUCCACGACUUCAUAAUCAUAGGCGGCGGAACAUCCGGCCUCGUCCUCGCCAACCGCCUCACAGAAGACCCCUCCACCACCGUCCUCGUAAUCGAAUACGGCCACCUCGACAACAACUCCAGCAUCCCCAUCCCCUACAACGCCAACUUCAACAACAACCGCGACCUCUACAACAUCUCCUCCCUGCCCGUGAAACACCUCAACAACAAACCCUUCCCGGUCGCAGCCGCCGCGACCGUCGGCGGCGGGAGCGUCGUCAAUGGCAUGUUCUUCGACCGCGCGAGCGCCCUCGACUACGACGCCUGGGAGGCGCUCGGAAACCCCGGCUGGGGAUGGGAGGGCCUCCUGCCGUAUUUUAUCAAUCUUCCGCCGUGGCAGUGGCCUGCACUGCCGAGUUUCGUCGAUGCGUUCCGGGAGAUGGAUAGGGGGAUCGAGUUCCCACGGGAAGGGUCUGAUGGGUCCGGCGUGGGGGUUUUCUGGGUGGCUAGUAGUCAGGACCCGGCGACGCAGACGAGGAGUGAUGCGCGGACGGCGUAUUACGAUCCUGUGAGGCAGAGGACGAAUCUGCACCUCCUGACGGGGACAAAGGUGGAAACGAUCCUGUUCCGCGACAAAGUGGCGAUAGGGAAAGAGGUCAUCCUCGCGGCUGGCGCCAUCUUCUCGCCCAACAUCCUGCACCUCAGCGGGAUAGGGCCCCGAGAGAUGCUGCGAGAAGCCGGCAUUGAAGUAGUCUCCGACCUCCCCGGCGUCGGCCUGAACUUCCAGGACCAUCCCACCGCGUACCUAUCCUGGAACCUCACUCGCAACACCUUCUCCCCAACGCCGCAAGACCUCACAACGAACGCGACCUUCAACGCCCGCGCGAAGGAGGAGUACGACCUCCACCAAACGGGACCAUACACCGAAGCGAGAGGCAACACCGCCGCCUUCCUCCCCCUCUCAAACCUCCUCACCCCUUCACAAAUCGCCUCCCUCCUCAACCACUCCACCCCUCCCCCCCCCCUCCCCCAUUCCUACCUCCACGGCCUCCAAACCCAACACACCCUCCUCCACCACGCCCUCCUCACCCCGCACUCCGCAGCCCUCGAACUCCCCUUCAAAGCCGACCCCUCCUCCUUCGUCCUCGCCCUACAGAAACCCUUCUCCCGCGGCUCAAUCACACUCAACACAACCCACCCUGCCACAGCGCCCCCGGUGGUCGAUUACAACACCCUCUCGCACCCCCUCGACGCCGCGCUCCUCCUCGCGGGAACAGCUUUCACCCGGUCCUACUUCUCCGUCCCGACCUUCGAAACUUUAGGGGCGGAGGAGGUCCUACCCGGCGCGAAUCUCACUUCCCCAGAAGACCUUCUUUCCGCGCUGACGAAAAACGGACUCCUCAUGCCAUCCUUCGCGCAUCCAUCUUGUUCGAACGCCAUGAUGCCGGAGGGGAUGGGCGGGGUCGUGAGUCCAAGUUUAGAGGUCUAUGGGGUGCGGGGGUUGAGGGUCGUGGAUGCGAGUGUCAUGCCCAUGAUUCCCGCGACGCAUUUGUGCGCGACGGUGUAUGCUGUGGCGGAGAAAGGGGCGGAUUUGGUGAAGGAGAGGUGGGGGUUGAGGUAG